CGAGUGAAGAACCAAAAAGUACGUCACCUAAAACACAGACCCAAAACGGCGCCGUUUUCUCGUCCACUCCGUGUUUUCACCAAUUCGUACGCAGUCGCUUCCAUUCCAACCCAAUCCAUCCAAAUAUUUUAUCUCUUUCCAUCACCAACAAACAAACCACCAUUUCUCCAAAAAGUCUUCCCCUAAACGAUGCCGUUUUCCAUUCUCCACCUCUAAUCGCACCUCCCUAAAUCAAACACCCCCCUCUCUAAUCGGUUUUCGUUUUUUUGUAAUGGAUCGGGCUGCGAUGACGGUUGGACCGGGUAUGGACAUGCCGAUCAUGCACGACAGCGACCGUUACGAUCUAGUCCGUGAUAUCGGGUCCGGAAAUUUCGGUGUUGCUAGGUUGAUGCAAGAUAAGCAGACUAAGGAGCUUGUUGCCGUCAAGUAUAUCGAACGUGGUGAUAAGAUUGAUGAAAAUGUGAAGAGAGAAAUCAUAAACCACAGGUCUCUGAGACACCCUAACAUUGUUAGGUUUAAGGAGGUCAUUUUAACACCUACUCAUCUUGCCAUUGUAAUGGAGUAUGCAUCUGGAGGAGAACUUUUCGAGCGAAUCAGCAAUGCUGGGCAUUUUUCUGAGGACGAGGCUCGUUUCUUCUUUCAACAACUUAUAUCUGGGGUCAGCUACUGCCAUGCAAUGCAAGUAUGCCACCGGGAUCUGAAGUUGGAAAAUACUUUGUUGGAUGGAAGCCCGACUCCUCGUCUAAAGAUAUGUGAUUUUGGUUACUCCAAGUCUUCAGUGCUUCAUUCACAACCAAAAUCAACUGUGGGAACUCCUGCAUAUAUUGCUCCAGAAGUGUUACUGAGACAAGAGUAUGAUGGAAAGAUUGCAGAUGUUUGGUCUUGUGGAGUAACCUUAUACGUGAUGCUUGUGGGAUCGUAUCCCUUUGAAGAUCCUAACGAGCCAAAGGAUUUCCGGAAGACAAUACAGAGAGUACUCAGUGUCCAGUAUUCCAUUCCAGACGCCGUUCAAAUAUCACCAGAGUGCCGCCACCUUAUCUCAAGGAUCUUUGUUUUUGACCCUGCAGAGAGAAUUACCAUGCCUGAAAUCUGGAAACAUAAAUGGUUUCUGACGAAUCUUCCCAUGGACCUGAUGGAUGAGAAGAUAAUGGGUAACCAAUUUGAAGAGCCUGAACAACCUAUGCAGAGCAUUGAUACGAUCAUGCAGAUAAUUUCAGAAGCUACUAUACCAGCAGCUGGAACCUGUUCUCUAGACCAGUUUAUGGCAGAUAACAUUGAUAUGGACGAUGAAUUUGAUGAUUUGGAAUAUGAAUCUGAGCUUGAUAUAGAUAGCAGUGGAGAGAUAGUGUAUGCCAUUUACUAGUAUUGAACUUUAUGGCAUUUUCAGCCUUAAGGGAAGAAAAAUAUGUGGUGCCAGCAUUUUCUGUAGAUUAGUAUAUGUAUAAUACAAAGAAGUACAUGUUAAUUUUUAUGUGCGCGUGCUUCAUGGAGGUUCUUACGUCCACAUCAAUUUAAGAGUAUUGCCUUUGUAGAAGUGGGGUUGGGGUGUUUUCGUACAUGCUAAAAGGAUUACUCAUUAAGGGAAAAGAUAUUAUUGUUGUCCUUUACUCACUUUUCCUGGUGAAUACUUGCUUAAUAUAUUAUAUUUACAA